GAAGUAUUAUAAUACCCUGUUUGACCCCAACCAUCGAUGGAGUUUCUGUAUCCUGCCAGACUUGAACGGCACCGCGCGCGAUCAAGGCAGUCUGAUCAGAGGUGGCCAUGAUGCUUUCAUCGCUUGUGCUACUGCUCUUCGCAGGCCAAGGCAUCGCAGAUCAAGGUGCGACCACCUCAGCCAUCUCCUCAUCGUCCGCCAGCGCUUGUUCUGCGAGUUCGGGCUCAGUCUCCGACUCUGCGCUUGCGAACAGUGCCACGUCAUCCAGCAUUGUAGUCACCACAAGCGCCGCGUCCUCAACGACCGUAUCCUCGACGACUUCGCCAUCUCCUACUUCGCUGUCCGCUGUGACGGUGGCAACUGAUGGAAGUGGCCAGUUCACUGCUGUUGGCUCGGCUAUUGCUUACGCCCAAAGUUCGGGGAUCCCCACUGUGACGAUAAAAGCUGGUACAUACACUGAGAGCGUUGUGAUCGGGGCUACUGCUGCAGUUACCAUUGUGGGAGAAACAAACAAUGCCGAUGCCUACUCUUCGAACUUGGUCACCAUCUCCAACAGCGCAGCGCCGGUGACCUACAAUACUAUUACCAAUGGUCUUGCCUGGAAGAGCAUCAACUUCUUCAACACGAAUUCUUCCUCCAAGGCAGGUUUCAUGUAUCUGCGCGGAUCCAAGAGUGCAUUCUACUCCUGUCAGUUUGUUGCCGCUGGACCUGCAGGCUUCAGCACGAACUACGCAUCGGCCCUCAUUGCAAACUCAUAUAUUGAGGCUCAGGACAAGAUCGUUUCUUCGUACCCAACCCUGUACAUCUAUGGCUCGACGAUCACUGCGACGAAUCCAAAUGCUCUGCUCACGUACAACCAAGGUGCCAUUUCGGGAAACAAACAGUAUAACUCGACGGUCGUUUUCGACUCUUGCUCGAUCAUCCAGAAGGCUGGAACAUCGAACAACUACGUCUACUUGGCUGCCGCCAACGCUGUGGGAUCGGUCGUGGUAUAUCGCAACACGGCCAUGGCCGGUUUGAUUGCUCCGAGCGGUGUUUACGUUGACGCGAAAACUCAGGCCUCUGGAAACGCAUACUUCGAGUAUCUCACUACGGGCGCAGGAAGCUACCUGAACAAUAAGGCGGCUCGUACCCCAUAUGCGGCCAACUAUUUCUAUGUCACGGAUGCCUCGCAGCUCGCGCCUUACAGCAUCGCGAACCUUUUCGCCAACGCAUACCCUACCGUAUCAGCCACUAGCCUCUCUUGGAUCGAUUCCAGUGUCUUGAGCACCAUUCAAGCUGGCGUCGUAAGACAGGAAAGCCAAUCCGGUGGAUCCAGUGCUGCUUCAAGCUCCGUCUCAUCAGCCAGUUCAUCGACCGUCUCCAGCUCUAGCUUGACCUUAGGAUCGACGUCCAGUCCCAGCGCCAGCUCAGAUGCGAUUUCAACUGCGAGCUCUGGGUCAGCCUCAGCAACAACCUCAAUGACUUCGGCUUCAUCGAGCUCCUCUAUGGCCUCAUCUUCGCCGAGCUCAUCUGAUGUCUCGGGAUCAUCCGGCUCCUCUGCUAGUGCGACUUCAUCAAGUUCCUCCUCUGGGUCUAGCAGCACUACGUUGCCAACCUCUUCUUCUUCAACAAGUGCCGUAACAUCAAGCGGUUCUGCGAGCGCCACUGGUUGUACUUUGCCAUCUUCGGUACCUGCGUCUGCUCGUACAGUGGGUCCCGCCGGAUCUUGUGCCAACUAUACGAGUAUCUCCGCUGCCGUCGCAGACUUGUCUAUCUCUAGUACCGAAACCAUAUAUAUUUUAGCCGGUGUCUACAAUGAGCAGGUGGUGUUUCCAAACGCCAGGACUGGGGCAACAACCUUCCGCGGAGAGGCUGCCGACCCUCUAUCUCGAUCAGGGAACACUGUUACCAUUCGAACGAAUGGAGCCGUUCUUUCGAGUGCGGGAGGCGCUGCGGGAACUGGAGCUUUCCAGUCCACUCAGUAUUAUACGAACCAAAUCACCUUCUAUAAUAUCAACUUUGAGAACACGUACACACCGACGACCAACUAUCAAGCGGUUGCUGUAUCAAUCAAGACCAAGAAGGCGGCUUUCUAUUCUUGCAACAUCAAGUCGUCCCAGGGAACCCUGCUACUGAACAAUGGAGCAUUCUAUUUCUCCAACUGCCACAUCGAGGGGACCACAGACUUCGUGUGGGGUCAAGGAGGCGCUUACAUCUACAACUCUGAGAUCGUUGAGACAAGCACCAUUACCGGUCAGACUAUUGCGGCUCAAAACUACCAGACGACGAACGGGCCCUCAAUCAUUGUUUUUGAUCACUGCGCCGUAGUCCCUGGCAGCUCGUCGGUGCCAACAGGCGCCACUUACCUUGGGAGAGAUUACUCGGCCGCGGCCCACGUAGCUUACACCAACUCCUAUCUAGAUAACCAUAUCAUCCCUGCUGGAUGGAAGAUUUCGUCGUCGGCCUCGUCACCUGUUUUCGUGGAGUCAAACAACACAGGUCCUGGAUCAUCCACCGCUUCCCGUAUUUCCGGCGCGCAGAUCCUUUCAGACGCCUCGGCUUACUCCGCUGCUAGUGUUCUUGGAGACGUCAGCUGGCUCGAUACCAAUGCCAUCCCUCCGUUCUCCGGUUUCCCAGAUUCGGUCUAUUCGAGCACGGUCACAAGUGCCUCAAGCUCAUCCAUGAUUGCUACCAGCACCUCGGCUUCGUCAUCGGCGUCUACAGCUACAAGCUCGUUGUCCGCAGGGUACACUGUUGCGCCUACUCCUACGGGCGACCAAUAUGGCUCUGUCAUGUCCGCUGUAGCUGCCCUUCCCAAUGACGGAAAGGCAUACACGAUCUCCAUUCUCGCUGGAACUUAUACUGAACAGCUCUGGGUUAACCGCACCGGGAAGGUCACACUGCGAGGUGAAACCAGCAACCCUAACGACUACUCCCAAAACGUGGUCAAGAUCCAGUUCAACUAUGGGGUCUCCACAAGUGCCAACCAGAACGAGCUGACCCCUGUCAUCAACGCCAAGAAGACGGAUACAUCUGGCUUGGCUUUGUACAACAUCAACUUCGUAAACACCUUUCCUCAGACCUCGAACUCGGCAGCUCUAGCGGCUGACUUCUAUGGGAGCAAUAUGGCUGCUUACGGAUGCUCAUUCAUCGGCUUCCAGGACACUCUACUAGCCAACCAGGGUGUUCAGCUGUUCAGCAACUGUUAUAUUGAGGGUAGUGUCGACUUCAUCUGGGGUUACUCAAAGGCCUACUUCCACCAGUGUUACAUUGCAUCUAAUACUGCUGGUGCCUACAUUACAGCUCACAACCGUCCCACUGCGACCUGGGCCGGUGGUUACAUCUUUGACUCGUGCUACGUCACGUACACUGGAUCCUAUGGUACCUCCACCGGAACAACGUACCUGGGACGGCCUUGGUCUCAAUACGCAGUUGUGGUGUACAUGAACUCGUAUCUCGAUCGCCACAUUGCCGCGGAAGGAUGGCAUGUCUGGGCUACUAACGAUGCUCGAACUUCGAAUGUUAUGUUCGGCGAGUACAACAACAGCGGCCCAGGAAACUGGACUACUUCUCGCGUCUCAUUCGCAACGAAUCUUUCCGCUUCAGCAGCGGCUGCAUACGAGCUGAGCUCUUUUCUGGGCACGACCGACUGGAUCGACAUGACAGCUUACAACUACAAGCCAAGUUUCACCUUAGGAGUGUCUCCGACCCAGACAAGCAGCCCAACCACGUCUCCGUCUGCAUCGUCGGAAGCGGCUACGUGGGCACAUCCUACCAGUGGCACUGUUCCUCCGGCUGGAGCCGUCCUUGUUUCAUCGGAUGGGUCAAAAGCAGGUUCCUACCGCAAUUUAACGUCUGCGUUAGCCAGUCUUCCGAGCGACUCAAGCACGCAAGUUAUUUUCAUUUACCCUGGAACCUAUCAGGAACAGGUACCAAGUGUCUCUAGAGCUGGACCAGUGAUGAUCAUCGGUUACACCGAAGGCAACCCGGGUCAGACAUACUCAAGCAACACUGUCACGAUCACUAAUGCCCGUGGUCUUUCUGUGAGCCCACCACCGGCCGGACACAGCGAUGCCGAGACUGCGACGUUCGCUACCGCUAGCACCAAAAUCAGCAUGUACAAUGUGAAUCUUGUCAACUCCGAUAACCUGGACGGUGCCAUACCCAGCUAUGUCACUCUUGCAGGAAGUAUCUAUGGCAACCACAUCGGCUUCUACGGAUGCUCGUUCAUCGGCUGGCAAGACACCUUACUCACGGGCGCCACCAAUGGCUACCAGUACUACGAGUCUUCAUACAUAGAAGGGGCCAUCGACUUCAUCUGGGGCUACUCGAAGGCUUAUUUCAAGGGCUGCACCAUUGGUGCUAAGCGUGCGAAGUCAGCUAUCACAGCCCAGAAUCGUGCGUCAUCCUCAGCUAUUGGUGGCUACAUUUUCGACCAGUGUCUCUUCAAGGCAGCAGACAGUGCGACAGUGGAUUUGACUGGGAGUGUCUACCUUGGAAGACCGUACAAUAGCUACGCCUUAGUCGUCGUGAAGAACAGCUACCUGACCGACAUCAUCAACCCAUCUGGGUGGAAGAUUUGGGGAACCACUAGCCCGAACACCGAUCACAUUACUUUCGCUGAAUACAAUAAUGUCGGACCGGGCAACUGGGAAAACAAUGCUGCAGCUAGGGUGGCUUGGCAGAACUCCUACGUUGUGUCCAAGACCCCCAUCGAAGGCAAGACCACAUACAACACCAUUCAGUCAGCGCUGGACGUUCUGCCUGCGUCGAGUAAGAUCACUGCGACUGUGUUCAUCUACCCUGGUGUGUACGAGGAGCAGCUCGUGCUCAACAAGUCUGGAACAAUCAUCUUCAUGGGCUACACGUCUGCAACUGAGGAUUACACCCAAAAUCAGGUAACGAUCACCUAUGCUCGUGGCAUCGACACUCAAGCGGAUGCAUCCAAUUCGGAUUCUGCUACGGUUUAUGCCACCGGAAACUACUUCCAGGCCAUCAACAUCAACUUUGCCAACACAUAUGGCACUGCAAAGAAGUAAGUUACUAUGAAGCCCAAUAACGUGAGUGUGCUAACCUGAAGUGCAGCUUCGCUACUCUUGGUUUUGGUGUUAAGAGCAGCAAGUAUGCUUCGC